AUGGCUCCCAUAGCACCAGUAGCACUUAUCACAGGCGGCUCUUCAGGCAUUGGUCUUGCAUUGACCAAACACCUCCUCAAUAAAUCCUGGCAUGUCUUCAUUGCCGACAUCAAUCCACCUCCUUCAUCCGAACUCUCCAAUUUCUCUGCCUCAUCCUACCAGUUCCACGCUACAGAUGUCUCGUCCUGGGAUGCGCAAGCCUCAGCUUUCGCAACCUGUUGGUCUACCUUUGGUCGUCUCGAUUUUUGUGCUCUGAACGCUGGCAUCGACGACCGCGAUGAUAUCUUCUACUCCACCAGCAACGAUCUCAACACCCCACCCACCAAACCGAACAUGAAGACCUUUGAAGUAAACUUGUAUGGUCCUUAUUAUGGCAUCAAGUUGGCUGCUCACUACAUGGCUUUGAACAAACCAUUGAAUGGUCAAAGCAGCGGCAAAGGUGGAAGAAUCGUUGUCACUGCUUCGGAUGCGGGACUUUGGGCUUUGCCGGCUGUGCCUCAGUAUACAGCUACCAAACACGCUAUUGUAGGAAUGGUACGGGCAAUGGCCCCCUCGGCUGCUGAAUCUGGUAUUUCGAUUAAUGCUGUUGCGCCGGCACUUACACCAUCAAAUCUUGCACCUCCGGGUUUGCUUGAGAAUUAUCCCAAGGAGGCAUUGACCAAGAUGGAGACAUUGAUGAAGGCUUUCGAUGCAUUGGGUAGAUUUGAUCAGGUCGGGACAGAAAGCUGGGGUGGUCAAGGGCCUAACGGACAGGUCGUUGAGGGAAGGGGUGACGAUAUCCAUUACAAGAACGAGAUUGAGAAGACGGGUGGGAGAGAGGUGCCCAAGGAGAUACAACAGAUUUGGGCAGAUACGUACAAGGAGCGCAACAAGAGAUUUGCGAUGCAGCGUCAGUAG